AUGGAAGACACGAGGUCCUGCAGGUCCGACGACGGAGAGCAGGGAGAUGACGACGCCGGCGACGCGUGGGAGGAUGACGGCCCCCGCGGCUGGGUGGAGGCCCUCGGAUGGAUGAAGGGCUGCGAGAUGCAGCGGCGGCUCAGCUUCCGGGAGUGGGUGGACAGCGCGAGGGCGCUGCUGGCCGAGCAGAAGCUGCAGCUGAAGAGCGCCCGGCAGCUCGCCACGGUGGUCCGCGCGCACAUCCGGGAGCAGUCGGACGCCGAAGAGGAGUUCGCUAAGCGGCUGGCCAAGGCGGCGGCCCAGCGGCACCGGGCGGAGUCGGCCAUGCCGUCGCAGCUGCCGCCUGCGGGGGCAUCGCCCCUCCUGUCCUACGACCGGCUGGCCAUUGAGGUUCUCGGGGGCCCCAGCCGAAGAAGCCACGGCGGGUCCGAGGUCCGCGGGUUCUGA